CAAAAGUUUUAGGGUUGGGGUAGUGGGAAUAGUAGGAAAGGAGAAAGGAGAGUAGUAGCAGAAGAGCAGGAGGAGGACAUGGAGAUGAAGAAGAGGAUUAACCUGGAGUUAAGGAACAGAGCCUCAGAGGAGGUGACAGAAUUAGUCCUUGAUAAUUGCCUGUGUGUCAAUGGGGAAAUUGAGGGACUGAAUGACACUUUCAAAGAACUAGAAUUUCUGAGUAUGGCUAACUUGGCAUUAAGUUCACUGGCUCAGCUUCCCAGCCUCAAUAAACUUCAGAAAUUGGAACUUAGUGACGAUGCAAUUUCUGGAGGAUUGGAAGUGUUAGUGGAAAAGUGUACAAACCUUACCUACCUCAAUCUGAGUGGAAACAGAAUCAAAGAUCUGAGUACAGUAGAAGCUCUGCAAAAUCUUAAAAAUCUAAAAAGUCUGGAUAUUUUUAACUGUGAGAUCACAAACCUGGAAGAUUACCAAGAAAGUAUUUUUGAACUGCUGCAGCAAAUCACGUACUUAGAUGGAUACAAUCAGGAAGAUAACGAAGCCCCAGACUCAGAAGAGGAGGAUGAUGAAGAUGGAGAUGAAGAUGAUGAAGAUGAGGCUGGUCUCCCUGAAAGGUAUGAAGAGGAAGAGGAGGAAGAUGAAGCAGGCUCAGAACUGGGAGAGGGAGAAGAAGUGGGCCUCUCAUACUUAAUAAAAGAAGAAAUUCAGGAUGAAGAGGAUGAUGAUGACUAUGUUGAAGACGGAGAAGAGGAGGAGGAAGAGGAAGAAGAAGGUCUUCAGGGGGAGAAGAGGAAACGAGAUGCCGAUGACGAGGGAGAGGAGGAAGAGGACUAGAUCACUCUAAGGGCGCAAUCCCCAGCGUUCCUGGGUGUGCAAUCAAGUGGUCACAUCUUUGUUCCUUCCUGUAUGAUAGCUGUUCCCUGCAGAAGAUAAUGUGCAACUUUUUAUAGGAAAAGGGUGGUUUUACUAUUUUUGCCUUAUCAUUCCAAUUAAGAUUUACUAGUCUGUUAAUGAUCAGAUUGUAUGUAGAGAAAAAUUUUCAUUGCUCCCCACCAUUGUGAAAUUCUCUAGCAAUUUAUUUAGAAUCUUAAUUUUUCUAAUUCAAGCACACUGUAUUAGUCAUUUUUAGCCCAUAAUUAAACAUCACUUUUACACA